AUGGCGUCAAAGAAGACCAAGCCCACCCCCGGAGACGACGUCGAUGUCGAUGAGCUCUUCUCUGGUCUUGACCGCGAGAAGAAGCCAAAGAAGACCGCCAAGUCCAAGCCCACGUCUGCCGCAUCGAAGGCAAUUGCUGAUUCGGACAUACUUGCCGACCUUGAAUCGGAGUUGGCUGAGCAACCUUCUCGACCUCAUACCCCCCGACUCAAGGAUGCUGUCGCCCGCCGUUCCACAGCCACACCUCCCGCUGGCGACCCUCGCAAAUCUACAGAUAGCGCACGUAGCUUGAAAGCCACAUUUACACCGAGUGCCACAAGCUCAGAACUCCAUGAAACCGAAAAGAAACCAUCAUCUGAGCCUAUCCAACAGCCAGACCCAGCCCCUCAGGCCUCAGGUGGAGGAUGGUGGGGUGGCAUCUUGUCUACGGCCACCGCUACGGCCAGCGCUGCCAUGAAGCAGGCCGAAGCCGCUGUUACCCAGAUCCAGCAGAAUGAAGAGGCCAAGAAGUGGGCAGACCAAGUCAAGGGAAUCAGAGGACUCGAUGUUAAUACCCUCCGGACUUACGGUGACGAACUCCGACAUCGCGCUCUUCCCACCUUUACCAACAUCCUGCAUACCUUGGCGCCUCCUAUCAGCUCACACGAACGUCUUCUCAUCCAUAUCACCCACGAUCUUGUCGGCUACCCCUCUCUCGAUCCUCUGAUUCAUAACGUCUUUGGCCAUGUGAUGGCACAGGUUGAGGGUGGCGAUCUCCUGGUCAUUCAACGCGGUCAGGAGAGCCACUCUCGACGCAGCACCGAUAGUGCUGCUGGAUGGCACGACGGGCCUUGGUGGAGACAGACUGAUACUGUUCGUGAGCUUGGGCUGAUUAAUGGUUUGGCGGAAGGCACCAAAUUGUGCCGCGCCAAUGCUGAAUCGCACGCGACCGAAUACUUCUCCGCCAACGGUGGCGUAGAGGAAGCCAAGCAUAAGGCCACAGAAGACGUCAGCGAGACUAACCCAGUUCGAACCUCGGACUUGUUCUUGGCUGUUCAGGCAAUUGCUGUCGACGCAGACAACAGCCUGUUUGCUCGCACUGCUUCGGCCGAGAAGGAGAAGAGCUCUUCCGAUGUCCAGGACCAAGAUGAUGACGACGAGGAGCUCAUUUGUUUUGCCGUAUUUAUCCUGGAUCCCGUCCACGAUAUUGAAUUUUAUACCGUCAGUCAGACUAUCCCUUCCCGAUGGGUUCAGUGGCUCGAUAUCCCAGCUCCCCUUACUCCUCGUUCUGGUGAGGAUAGUGAGUAUUUGGAUGAUAAUGUUCCGGAGGAAAUCAAAGAUAUCAUUGAGAGUGGCGGCGUUGACCCGCGUGAAUGGGUAGCUGAAUGGCUUGAGGAGCUUCUCAAUCUUUCCAUUGGUACCGUUGCUCAGCGAUACGUUGCUCGCCGUAUGGGUGUUGGAGAGGGUGGUCUUGGCAGGGGUAAGAGAAGGAUGGAAGAGCUCGUGCAGGACAACGCGGGCGAGGCUGCUCGGGCUGGCGUCAUUUAA